UAGAGCAAGAGCAGCACCACUUCUUCAAUUAAACAUGGCAGCUUCCCUGAUAGACGAGCAGGGUUGUUAAGCUUGCGAUUAUGUUAAAACUACCGCAUCAUUACGUAUGUCACAUUUAAUUACUGUUACUACGACGAAGUGAAGAGUAGGUGUAGCGGCUGUAGUGUUCUAUAGGAUUUUGAAGACCAUGUUGUCCACAUAGUGAAGUAAACAUAGCAGAAUCAUGGAGGUUUCCGCUGAGGAGGAGGAAACUCCCCAUGCCAUCGAUAUGACCACCAGUGAAAGGGUGGUGGAUCUUCUGAAUCAAGCUGCCCUGAUACCCACAGAUGAAAAGCUAACAGUGCUCAAACAGGUUCAGGAACUCAUCAUCAAUAAGGAUCCGUCUCUACUUGAUAAUUUCUUGGAUGAGAUGAUCGCCUUUCAGACUGACAAGUCUAUCGAAGUGAGAAAGUUUGUCAUUGGCUUCAUAGAGGAAGCAUGUAAAAGAGACAAUGAGCUCCUUCUCAGGUUGAUCGCCAACCUGAACAUGUUGCUGAAAGAUGAAAGUGUGAACGUGGUGAAGAAAGCCAUCCUCACACUCACCCAGCUGUACAAGGUUACUCUUCAGUGGUUGGUGCGCUCUAAAGCAGUAUCAGAGACGCAGGAGGCGUGCUGGGAUCUGGUCACGCAGAUGAAAGGGGACGUUCUUGCCUUGCUGGACUCUGAAAAUGAUGGCGUUCGCACACAUGCCAUCAAGUUCACAGAGUCAUUAAUCAUCACUCUGUCGCCACGGACAUCAGACUCCGACGUCCCCAAGCGACAAGAGGGGGACAUCAGCCUGGACAAAGUUCCCAAAGAUCACUCGUACAUCCGCUACGAUGUUUUGUGUGAGGAGGGGAAGACUGCACUGGAGAGGCUGCUGAAGUUCAUGGUCCAUCCGGCCAUUUCCAGCAUUAACCUGACCACAGCACUGGGCUCCCUGGCCACUAUUGCCCGUCAGAGGCCAAUGUUCAUGUCAGAGGUGGUCCAGGCAUAUGAGACGUUACAUGCAAACUUGCCACCCACUCUGGCCAAGUCUCAAGUCAGCAGCGUACGAAAGAACCUGAAGCUGCACUUGGUGGCAGUCCUCAAGCAUCCCUGCAGCCUGGAGUUCCAGGGUCAGAUUAGCACUCUGCUGCUCGACUUGGGCAUGCCCCAGAGUGAAAUAACCCGCUCUACACCUGCACCGCGUGAGCAGCGCAAAAGGCCUCGCCAUGAACAGUACACAGAGGGGAAAAAGGUCAAGAUUGAGCCAGCCCUUAUUGAAGACGAUGAGGACAAAGAGGAGCCAGCCUCGCUCUCAGCCCCCAAACCAGCUGCUGUCCCGGUAGCACAGUCUGCCAUUGACCUCACAGCUGAGUUCCUGCACCCGCUGCUCAACCCUGAGAACGUAGCCAACCUGGUGCUCAUCAGCAUGGUGUAUCUGCCAGAUGUCAUGCCAGCAUCCUUCCAGGCCACGUACACACCUGUUGAGUCAGCAGGCACUGAUGCACAGAUCAAACAUCUGGCCAGGCUGAUGGCCACACAGAUGACCGCAGCUGGAAUUGGUCCAGGACUUGAGCAGUGCAAAGCCAGAGAAGACGAGAUUGGCAAAGAGGAAGGCAACGAGGGAGACUCUGGUGCUAAAGACCAGCUCAUCAAGCGCAAAUUUCCUCCUGUGAUAGUGGGACAAGCCAUCUCUGUGGUGGGAGGUUAUGCAGAAAAGACCACAGAGGCGGCUCCCGCCACCGCCAAGAGGCUCCCUGAACCCAUCGUCCCUACAGCACAAACCAAAAUGGCAGGAGCGAGUGGGAGGAAAAAAGUGUUUCGGUUGUCAGACGUCGUCCAGCCUUUAUCGGACACCCAGAUUGAAACGUUAACCUCCAAAGCGGUCAAACGCAUCCUGCAUUCAGAGAAGGCGAUUACUCAAAGUGGCAUGUCCCACGUCAGAGUGAAGCUGCUCUCCAGGCUCGUGACGCAGUUCGAAGGAAUGAUGAAAGAAGACGUGCUUGAAUUUAUUCUGGAGGACAUCAGGACGAGGAGUGACCUGGCCUUUUCUCUCCUCUACCAAGAGUACAACACUUACCUCAGCCUGCUGCCCUCUGGGCUGCUGGACAGCUAUGACCACUGCCUGUACACUCUGCUGUCUGGCCUGCAGGAGAAGCCCGAGCAGAGGGACGGACUUUUCACUAAACUGGUCCUGGAGGCUCCCGUCAUAACAGAAUCUGCGUUGGAAGUGAUACGACGUUACUGUGAGGACGAGUCUCGGGUGUAUUUGGGCAUGACGACUCUGAAGGAGCUUAUCGUCAAACGGCCUUCGAGGCAGUUUCAGUACCUGCAUGUGCUCCUGGAUCUCAGUUCACAUGAAAAAGAGAAGGUUCGGACCACCGCCUUAGCUUUUCUCAAGCGCAUGUAUGAGAAAGACCAGCUGAGGGACUACAUUGAGAAGUUUGCCCUGAACUACAUGCAGCUUCUGGUCCACCCAAACCCUCCGUCUCUGCUGUUUGGGGCUGACAAAGACACAGAGGUGGCGUCCCCCUGGACUGAAGACACAGUGAGACAGUGUCUGUUCCUCUACCUGUCCCUGCUGCCCCUGAACCACCGGCUGGUCCACGAGCUGGCGUCUGUCUACACUGAGGCCAUCGCCGACAUCAAGCGCAGUGUGCUACGAGCAAUAGAGCAGCCUAUCCGUGGAAUGGGGAUGAACUCUCCUGAGCUGCUGCUGUUGGUUGAAAACUGUCCUAAAGGAGCAGAGACUUUAGUCACUCGCUGUCUGCACAUUUUGACAGAUAAAGUGCCUCCAUCUCCAGAGCUGGUGGAGAGAGUGAGGGACCUUUACCACAAACGAGUGCCGGAUGUUCGCUUCUUAAUCCCAGUCAUAAACGGCCUGGAAAAGAAUGAAGUCAUCCAGGCUCUUCCCAAGCUGAUCAAACUCAACCCGAUUGUGGUGAAGGAGGUUUUCAAUCGCCUAUUGGGCACUCAGCACAGUGAGGGCAGUUCGACUGUGUCCCCUCUCACCCCAGGAGACCUGCUGAUCGCCUUACACAACAUAGACUCAACCAAAUGUGAUAUGAAGUCUAUCAUCAAAGCUACCAACCUGUGCUUUGGAGAGAAGAACAUCUACACGUCGGAGGUUUUGGCCGUGGUGAUGCAGCAGCUGAUGGAGCACAGUCCCCUCCCCAUGCUGUUAAUGCGUACCGUCAUCCAGUCCCUCACCAUGUAUCCCCGGCUGGUAGGCUUUGUCAUGAACAUCCUGUCCCGCCUCAUCGUCAAGCAGGUGUGGAAGUAUCCCAAGGUGUGGGAGGGAUUUGUGAAGUGCUGCCAGAGGACGAAGCCUCAGUCGUACAGCGUUCUCCUGCAGCUGCCGCCCGCACAGCUGACCAGCGUGUUUGAACGCUGCCCGGAGAUGAGAGAGCCUCUUCUGCAGCACGUCCACUCCUUCACGCCUCAUCAGCAAGCUCACAUACCGGCCUCCAUUAUGGUGGUGCUGGAAGGAGAGAAGAAGCCAGAACCAAAACCUGCAGAGCCUGUCGUGGAGAAAGAGAUGGAACCAGUUUCUGCUCCAGUUAAAGAAGAUGCUCCCGUCGCUGCAAUGCAAGAGCUCGAGAUGCGAGUCCAAGAACAUCCGGCCGACGUGAAAGAUGAUGAAGAACCAAUGGAGCAAGAGGAGUCCAAUCCAGAGAUACAAGAGGAGAGCGACAGCGUUUCCCAAGUGGACGUGACAAGGGAGGGAGAGACAUCAUCUCCUCAACCAGAACCAGCUGAGGAAGUGAUGGAGACGUCUCAGCCUGAACUGUCAGACCUCCAGGAGCCAGUAAAAGAUGUCCAAGCUGACGUCGCAGGACCUGAGGCUGGAAGCAGCGGCGAAGAAUGACCGCUCGGAACAGAUGCACUCAGAAUAAAUGAACAUUUCUCUCCUCUGAAAAUAUCCCACAGAUUUUCUUCAGGAUUUCUUUUUGUAUUUGUAGAGAAUAGGUUAAGUGGAAAACAAAAUCAAGGAAACAUGCGUUCAUGUAUUGCUGAAAUAAAUCAACAAAACACUG